GCCUCACCUCGUCACUCUCUCCCCUCACCUCGUCUCCGGUCCGUCACUUUUCUCUCGGUCUCGGACUCAUCUCAGACUGAAGCUCGUCGUCACGGUCUCGCACUCUGUCGCGCCUUCCCUGCGCUCGCUUCGUCAGCGGCAGAAGCAGACGGAACCAGCAUCUGGUCCCUCUGGCGGUGGUGGUGGUCGUCUUGUUUCGGCCGUUAGUUCAGUUGGUCAACUUCCUCCACCGUCAGUCCCAGUGUGUGUGCAUCAUAGCUUAGUAUAUCUCAUUGCAUCUUGAGUUCGGAGAGAAGAGAUGGCUGGGCAAUCAGAUCCUGAGCUUUCACUGUUUUCAGCAGAGGAGCUUGAGUUCAUUGCUGAGGAUGAGAUUGUGGACAUUGUGCCCAAUCUCAAGAUGGGUCCUCUUAAUUUCAUCUCUGGAGAUUUUGGCCCGUUCAUCCCACAGAUUGUUGCCCAAGUACCGCUUUGGCUGGCUGUUGCAUUAAAAAAGAGGGGCAAGUGCUCCAUUUGCCCUCCUCAAUGGAUGUCUGUUGAGAAGUUGACUCAAGUUUUGGAAGCUGAGCGAAACUCGCAAGAGAUGUCAGAGCAACUGCCAUUUCACUAUGUAGAAAUUUCUAGACUUCUGUUUGACCAUGCAAAUGAUGACAUUUCGGAUGCAUAUAUGGUGAGAUCUCUAAUUGAGGACAUCAGAGAUGUACGAUUUCAUAAGGUUGAAACUGACCUGGAGGCAUUCAAUGGUCGCACAAUUGCUGUUAAGAAACCAACUGCAAGCAUACAAGCAAGACAAUUUGUUGCCUUCUAGUAGAGCCGUUUAAUUGACUCUGCAGGUAAAAGAUAAUGAUAUAGUAGAAUAUAGAGAGAAUGGGUUCUCACUUUCCUACACUUAAAUUACAAUUGUUGCAUUGAGAAUUGCAUGCAUUCCUACACUUGUUUGUUCUCAUACUGAGUUAAAUCCCAAAGUAGUCUUUGAGAUUCACCGCAUGCACUAAAAUAGUCUCCGAGAUUCCAAUUGCGCCAAUUAUAUCCCUGAGAUCGAUAAAAGUGUGCCACGUUAGUCUCUAAUGGCGUGAUGAGUCAGUUGAUGGAAAAGGGCUGAAGGACUAACAUGGUGCACUUUUGCUAAUCUUAGAAACAUAAAUUGGAGCGAUUAGGAUCUCGAGGACUAUUUUAUAGUGCACACAACCAAUCUAAGCAGGGGCGGAGCCUCUCAUGUCUCAAGGGGGCCAAUGGGCAAUGGCC